UUUGUGGCGCCUUUUUCUCGUCUUUCAUGGAUCUAUUAAGUGAUGAACAACUUUGGAAGAUUCUUGAAUCUCAGGACGACGCGCCUUUUGUCGUAGACCCUGAAGAAUAUGCUUUAUUGGAGAAACUAGAAAAAAAUGCAAGAAAAGACGAGGAUUGCGAGAGAAAAAAUAUUUCUAGAAAUACACAGAAUUCGAACUUUAGCUUAUCUACGACCUUGCCUUCCUUUACAGACAAAGUUGAAGACAAAGAAACUACGCACGAACGACGAGUGGCCGAGGACAAGUUCUCGGAACCCUUUGAAUGUAUAGAAGACGACUUGUUAGUAUUUGCUCUUGACUCUUUUGAACGACAAUAUGGCGCUCCUAGUGAACCGACAGAGUUGAACCUCGUUGUUGAAGAAACGCAAACUUGGCUGUCAGCGCAAACGCAUUCGAACGAAGAGAACCACUCAAAAAGGGUUGAUUUGACAAAAUCAGCUUUCCUUUGUCAGUUUGGUGAUAAUUUGAAGCAGCAAAGUAUAGAAAAAUAUGUGCCAACGUGUCGCACAAAUUCAAGUGUUGUGACUUCCUCCAACUCUCCGGUGGAACUCGUAUCCCCUAGGAUUCGGAAGGUUCAACGAACUCUUGAUGGAGUAAUGGACAGUCUGUGGUUUCCCUCCAAGUCAAGCAAAAAACUACCACAGAACGUUGCGUUGGACUUGAAUGCCGCGAGUUCAUGGAUCUUUCCUACUAACAUUCCAGAACGUGAAUAUCAGUUCAAUAUUGUCCGCUCGGCGUUGGCUUGUAACACGCUAGUUUGCUUACCUACAGGUUUAGGUAAAACAUUUAUUGCUGCUGUGGUAAUGUACAAUUUUUUACGUUGGUAUCCAGACGGUAAAGUUGUUUUUAUGGCUCCCACCAAACCUCUUGUUCGACAGCAGAUAGCAGCCUGCUAUAGAGUGGUCGGCAUUCCUAUCGAAAGUACUGCAGAAAUAACAGGAGCUAUGAAGACUGAAGUGAGAAAGACAAUGUGGAAGUCUAAAAAUGUGUUCUUUGUCACUCCGCAAGUAAUGAAGAACGAUAUUGAUCACGGCAUUUGCCCGGCAUCCAAGGUGAUUUGUGUCGUUUUCGAUGAAGCUCACAAAGCUACUGGAAAAUAUGUCUAUUGUAGCCUAGUUGAAGACUUGAAUAAGGCCACUGGUGGUUCUUAUAGGAUCUUAGCAUUGUCAGCUACUCCAGGAAAUACCAUAUCUGUCAUCCAACAAGUUAUCGAUAACUUACAGAUAGCAAAAGUAGAAUUUAGAAGUGAAGAUGAUCCAGAUACGAAGCCUUAUACGUUUCACCGGCAAAUAGAGUCAAUUAUAGUGCCACUGGGUGCUGAUCUACAAGGAGCCAAAGAUUUGGCUAUGGAUCUUUUAUCACCGUUUCUUAAUAAUUUAUGUAAUAAUCAGGCGUUUUAUGAACGUUGUGCUGAACGGCAUGUCUGUUAUUACNAAACUUGGAAACAAAAAUUUACACCUCAAACAAAGGAAGACCAUGCCAAACGUUCUUUCGUUUUAUCACAAUUCUCACUUGCAGUUUCUCUUUGCUAUGGCAUUAACCUUUUGUAUUCCCAUGGUCUAGCCCCAUUCGACAGUUUUCUUGAAAGCUUUGAGUCGGAGUCGAAACAGAGGACUGGGGGACUGAAGAAGCAGAUUGCAAAUCGAGAAAAAUUUAAACAACUUCGAAGUAUCACAUCGGAACUCAUAAGCAGAGGUGUUACACAUCCGAAAGCUCUGAAAUGCGUUGAAGUACUAAAACAUCAUUUUAGUGAAACUUCGACACCUUGUUCAGGUUUUGUUGAGGGGAAGUCUUCUACUAGAGCAAUAGUUUUCGCUCAAUAUAGAGAAUCAGUAGUUGAGUUACGGAGAAUUUUGGCACAGUAUGAGCCGUUAAUCCAUGCCAUGUGUUUUGUUGGACAGGCACCAUCAGCUAAUAGCCAUAAAUCUCAAAAAACAUCUGGAAUGUCCCAGAAGGAACAGAUUGAGGUUCUGCGAGAGUUCAGAAAGGGAACAUUUAAUGUUCUAGUCUCAACUUCCAUUGGAGAAGAGGGUUUAGACAUUGCUGACGUAGACUUGAUUAUUUCUUAUGAUGUCAUUUCUUCUCCCAUUCGUAUGUUACAGAGAAUGGGACGGACUGGCCGUGCGAGAGCUGGCCAAAUAGUUGUGUUGCUGACUGAAGGAUGUGAAGAAACAAGACUAUGCGAAAUGAACAAGAGAGCUACAAGCAUUGCAAAAAGUCUUCGCGACAAGUUGAAUUGCUUUUCUCUGUAUGAGAACUCGCCGAGAAUGAUUCCAACAGAUGGUACAACUAUCCACUGUGAACGUAAGGAGCUCUCCAUAGAAGACAUAAGAUUUUCAGGAGAGGACUCCAUCUUUCCCCUUCAUUUCAAGAACCAUAGGAAGAAGAAUGCUUCCAAGGAUUUUCAACAACAAACGAGCUCGUUUGCAUCAGCGGCGAACACAGUGGAAUCUAUGUUUCUUGAGAGUUAUGGAUUGGAUAUUGGUGAGGCGCCACAAACGAGGCUAAGUACGAAAUGCGGAAUCCGGAAGUUUUUUUCCGACAAUAUUUCUGGUUCGGUCUCUGUUUGCAAGCGGCCAAAUGCUUCAAAACUGGGGAGUUUGAGAGCUCAAACUGUUUAUUUGAUUGAACAGAUCUCCUCGGGGUUUGUUAAGUUUGAUAUCGCAGAUUUCUCGAAUAACGAAGUGAAUGAAAAUCUUGAGGAUUCUCAAAGAACGUAUUUGUCAGAAUCUAGUAACUACUUAGAGUGCGCAUUCCCGGGGUUGCUUAAAGAGAGCCAAAUCAAUAGGGACAUCGACGAUGCGAAAAUGCUUGAUAGAAAAGCAGCAGAUUCUGGGAACUGUAAUAUCUACGUCGGUUCAGAAUCUCUCGUUGAUAAGAGCUCAGUAGACACAGUAGAUAGUUUGCUGGAGGAAAUUUGCAGCCCUCCUGAUGAAAAGCUGGAAGUGAAUAUUUCUAUUCGUCCCUCGGGUUUGCAUAAUUCUUGCCCAAGUCUGCAGGAAAUGAAUGUAGAAGGCAACGAAAGCAAGGAGUUGUGUCGUCCAGACCAAAUAAUGAUAAAUAGAAAUGAUAAUGUUGUACUGGAUGCAAUGCCAAAGGGAAGUUAUGCAUCUGAUGAGUCAUCGCCCAUAUUGAGAGUGAAGAAGAGACGGAAGCAAGAAAAGCAGCAACACGGUCCUUCGGUUCCAAGUGGUCGUAAAAGGGUUAAGGCUCCCAGAAGCUUACGAUUUAUUCAAAGUCAAGCGUCCAUUAGUAGUGAUGACGUUGAUGACGAAGGAAGUUACGAAGACGACGAGUUGGGAUCUUUGGCAGACUUCCUUGUGGAAGACUCAGAGAGCCAAAGGAAAUCAUUCGAUGAAAAUAACAGUGACUCAGGUAGGGUUUUUCUUAUGGGAACUUGAUUUCAGGUCCCUCAUUCCAAGACUAGAUGAACGCAAAAAUGUAAAUAUGCAUUCCAUAUAUCUUCGCUCGUUGCGUAGUCCGGAA